AGUUUAUUUCCUGCUGGGUCAAGGUUCUACAGAGAUACUAAAAGACUACACAUCCCUUCACGUAAAAUCCUCUAGGAAGCCGUCUGUUAGAGAAGGUCACACGCGUGCUUUUGAACGCAGAAGCUGCUGUUAUACGCGGCCAAAAAAUAAAAACAGCAUAAAUUAGCAUAGCUGCUUCAUAGCAUUAGCAGUUCACCUUAAAAUACAGUUGGUCCAACAGGACCGCGCCAUUUUAAUUGAGGAACUUACAGUUGUCUGCAUCUUUAUCCGCCACAGCACUGCUUUACAUUAAGCUUCACUAUGUUUAAAAGUAUUAUUAGACUGAAGAGCGGUGCUAUUUCUUUUUGUAAAGUGUGUCCAAGACAUCAAGCCUUCAGGGGUACGCUGAAAUACUCCACCGCCUCAGCAGAUAGGAAGAGAUUUUAUGAAGAUGUCAGUAUAUCCCAAGGUGAAGGUGGUCUGUAUGAGGUGAACCUUGACAGAAGGAAGUUAAAGACUCCCAGUGGGAAGUUGUUCACCGUGCCAAAUGAAGCCCUGGCCAUUGCUGUGGCUACGGAGUGGGAUGCUCAAAAAGACACAAUUAAGUUCUACACCAUGCAUCUGACUACUUUGUGCAACACUGCUCUUGAUAAUCCCACUCAGCGCAACGAAGACCAGAUGAUCAGCGCUGCUCUGAAGUUUCUGGAAACAGACACCAUUUGCUACAGAGUAGAUGAACCUCCAGGUUUGGUUGAGCUGCAGAAGAAUGAGUGGGACCCUGUGCUGCAGUGGAUUGAGAACAGAUACAAUGUCACUAUCGGGUCCUCAUCAAGUAUUUUAGGUCCAGAGAUACCAGAAGGAACUAAAGACAGGUUCAGAAAGCACCUGAGCUCCUACACUCUCUGGUCCCUGACAGGGCUGGAGUUUGUGAUCACACAGCUGAAGUCCUUGGUGCUUUCACUGGGAAUGAUCGAUAGACAUCUGAGUGUAGAGCAAGCGGUUCUGUUGUCCAGACUGGAGGAGGAGUACCAGAUUCAACAGUGGGGAAAUGUAGAAUGGGCCCAUGACUACGACAUGUAUGAACUGAGGGCACGGACGGCUGCAGGAGCUCUUUUCGUUCACCUCUCAUCUGAAAGCUCAACCGUUAAACACAAACUAAUGCAGGACUGAGGAUGAUCAGGAUCACCCGGUACCUCAGAGAGAAACGGCAGCAGAAAGUCUACCCUGAAACAUCCAGACCAUCUGUGUCACAUGGUUCUGUAGCAGGACAUGCUGAGCAACCCAGUACUGGAUUGUUCUUCUUAGACGUGACACAUCUUAGUGAACCGUCAAGUCAUCUCAGCCCAGUAUUUCUUAUUUGUUUAAAUGUAGCAGCUGUCAAAGUGUGUAUCUUCAGUUUCUGAUGGGACAUUCUGGACAUUUUCAAAAUAAAGCGUCACCUCAGUAAAUAAUA